AUGCCGUACCUCAGGAAGAAGCCGUUUCAACGGCUUCAUGUAUCAUCGGACUACAAGGAUGACGAUGAAGUCUUUCACUGUGAGGUUACGAAUGAAGUCUUCAAAGAUUACAAUGAAUACUGCGAAAGAAUUAUACUAUGCAAUUCGACAAUUUGGUCGUGUAGUAUCACAGGAAAAACUAAUAUGACAUACGAAGAGGCUCUUCAUUGUGAGGAAAAUGCUAAAAAGAGUCUCAAAGAAUUUCCUAUGGAGUUGAGAACUCCGAUCCUGUACCUGGCUUCUAAAACUCAUAGAACGUCGUUCAGUGAAAUGACAGACGAUGUUUAUCAAUAUGCUCGAGACCGUUAUUUCGUUGGUGAAAUGGUUGAAGCUAAUUUAGUAAAUGACAUAUGGUGUGACUGCCAUAUUUUACAAGUUAUCGAACCAACAGAGGCACAACUAAAAGAGUAUGCUAAGGAAAGCCCUCAGGAGAAACAGUAUUAUCCACCAGCAAAAUUAUUUCGAUAUGAAGUUGAACAAAUGGACGGAGAUAUUAAUCAAAUAGCUAUUCUUGAGGCUUCACAAGUUAGACGUAAAAAACUUCUAUACAGCAAAGAACGUAAUAAAAUAUUUUUACGUAUGUUAUGCGAACAAAAUAGUAAAGGUGUUUGGAUUGUAAAAGAUUCAAUCCAACAAAAAUAUUCAAUUCCAAAGGUACGUUUUGAUACAAUAUUUUCAGGUCCACUGCCAGAUUUUAAUUUACCGAAAAAACCAAUUGUUAAACAAAAACAAGUUACGUUGGACAAAUUUUUUACGUCUGAUGUUAGUAAGCACCGGGCAUUUGAGAAACCUGAUCCACUUAAUAAAAUAAGUUCUGGAGGAAGUAUUCAAGUGAAAAAACAUCGCAAACCUAGAGCCAAUGGGAAAUUUAAGAGUGAAGCUAGUGUUAAAGAGGAGAAGGAGAAACGUAAAGAACAACGAAAUGAAAUCCGAGAACGUAAGAGAGAGGAAAAACAAAAACUUGCUGUUUUUGCUGCUUAUGUUAGGGAAUGGAAUAAACCUCGUGAGGAUCUCGAGUGUGAAGAUUUAAGACCCAUUAUAGAGGCAACACCCGUAGAUUGUGCGAUACCAAAUAAACACUUUGGUGAUUUUGCAAUGAUUCUUGAAUUUUUACAAUUUUUUUAUGACGAACUAGAAGUAAAUACGUAUUUUCCGGGUGGUCUGACUAUUGAUACUUUGGAAAAAGCGUUGUUGGUUAAGGAAGUGUCUGGACCUUGGAGUGACUUAAUUCAAUUUCUUCUAGCGAAUAUUUUUAAAUAUCAAGCUCAGGAAGAAGAUGAAAUUCAUGAAUCUAAUUCAAAAAAUGACAACAUCAAUUUUGAUCACGGUGUUUCGUCGAUGGCAGAGGCUGUUAAAUUAGCUACAAGAGCAUCAACUUGGUGUCAAACACAUCACGGUUGUCAGCUAUCAGAACUUACCCUGGAUCAUGUCACCCUAAGUGAAAUCUUACGACAGCAUCUAUUGAGCUCUGGUGGUAGAAUCGGUGAAGCAGCAUCUAAGUGGAGAUAUUCUGAACGUGGUGGCUACACUAAUUACGAUGAUCCAGCUCUUCUAUUGAGGAUAAAUCAGCCACGACUUCUUCGACUUCUUGGACAUCGCAGUGUGUGCGAAUUUGAUCUCGAAGAUCGACUUUGCGUAGCUACUUGUCUUAUUAAUCAAUUAUUAACUUUUGCUGCUAUUCGUGAUAUUAUUGAUGAACGUAACGAAAAGGUUCAUCAAGCACGUCGUGAACUCAAGUCUCUCAUAGUAGCUGAGCAAAAGAAGGAAAAAGAAGAAAAAGAGCGAAUAAAGGAACGUGAAAAAGAUAAUAAAGUAGAAGGGGAUAAAACAUUGGACGAUAAAACUGAUGAUAAACCGAAAAAAACUCGUGGAAGUCGUGAAGAAGAAAAGCUUCGUGAAAAAUAUGAACAACAGUUAUCAAAAUUAAAACUAGCUUCUAAAGAUGAUCAGAUGAUGCUUUACUUGGGUUCUGAUCGUGCUCAUCGUAGAUACUGGCGUUUACUCUCAAUUCCUGGUUUAUUCGUCGAGAAUGACGAUAGAACACCAGGCUCGUGCCUUACUGACGGUACGCCUUAUCUACCUGAAUUACAAGAUAAAGAUUCAGCCAAUAAAUACCUCAAAAAUAAAUUUGAAGAUGAAGUUAGUGAUAAAGAAAAUAAUAUUAAUGAGGCAAAGACGUCACAAGUUUCUAAAAAAACAGUGACCUUCGCCGAUACUAAUGGCAUUAAUAAUAAAUUGUCUACGAGAGAAUUAAAUGAUAUGAGAAAAAAAUUAAUGGCUUGUACAGGCGACAAAGAGUGUCCCGUCCAUUGUAAGAGGCCGGAAACAAAAUGGAAGUUCUACGGUUCCUCCGAGGAUAUCGAACAAGUUAUGAAUAAUUUAAGUAUACGUGGGUUACGCGAAGGUGAACUCCGGCAUAAUAUUAGUCAAGAACUAGAAAGUCUCAAGACUGCAAUAAACAAUUGCCCGAAGCACAAACUCAAUCCAAAAUUAUUUCCACAAACGUCUCAAGAGGUAUCAAACAGUAGGACAUCAAAAAAAGUUAAGAACGAAAAUACAAAUCUUAAUUACCCUCCAGAUGUUCCAAUCGAUGAAGUUAUGGAGCUCUCAUUGCGAGACUUUAUACUCGAAGUAGAAGAUAAAAUAAAAGUAGGUUGUCUUGGAGGAGUUAAAGUAAAAGAUCGAGACGCUUGGAGAAAUGCUAUUACUAAUUGUCAGUACGAUAAACAAUGCGAUAAACUUGUUUACGGUCAGCACGAAAUAGAAGCAGAUGUUCCGAUAAACUCAACGUUAGAUAAAAUAAAGAGUGAAACACGGCAAGGUAGUAGUCGGCCAGGAACACCAGAUUCCGAAGUUGGUAGUGGAAUCGGAAAAGCUUAUCAGGAUCCGGGUAAAUAUUUGGGUCCUCCUGAUGAAAAUGAACUUGUAGCUGACUCGAAACAACAAAUGCGAAUCCGGCAGAUGGCUUGUGCAAUUUUGCAAUUAUCACAAGCUGUAGAGCAUAAAUAUUUAAAAAAGCCAUUGGGACAUGAUGAUAAGGAUAAGAAACAUUUAGGUGAAGAGGGUAAAGAACGAUGGGAACAUUCUCUUAUGAUGUCUACGAGCUGGUCUCAAUUGUUUAUUCAUAUAAAUACUUUGGAGAGCAGUAUUGCGUGGAGUAGAAGUGCACUCAAUGCUCGGUGUCGUAUCUGCAGAAAAUGCCGCGACGCUGAAAAUAUGCUACUCUGCGAUGGAUGCAAUAAAGGCCAUCAUUUGUACUGUCUCAAACCUAAACUUACUUGCGUACCCGAGGGUGACUGGUUCUGUGUAACGUGUAAGCCGCCUGAUACAAAAUCAAAACCAAAAAAUAAAACAAGGAGAAAGUUUGACGAGGAAGAUGAAGAAGAGGCCCUGACCAAAGAUACACGUCAUGCUCGUUCACGACGAGUUUUGUCAAGUGAAGAUGAGGCUGAAGAUGAAGCUGCUCCAGGUGAAGAGACUGUUGAAGAAAAACCUAAAUUCCGAGAACUUUGUGCGAUUUGUAAUAAUUCUGGGAGUGUGAUCGCUUGCGACACAUGUGUUAAAUUAUAUCACAUUGGUUGCCUUGAUCCACCACUUUCGAGGGCACCCCGUGGAAGAUGGUCUUGCUAUGAAUGUCGAAAUAUACGGAAAAAUGCAACUAGACGCGCAUUGAGUAUGUUAUUAGCGCGAGGUCGCGAGAGGGAGAGAGACAGAGAGCGAUCGUGUGCGGCAGCUGCACGUUUCCGCAUCCACAGUUUUGCCAAGAGCCUUCUUCGUACAGAAACUUACAACUGGGAUGGUCUUGCAUCAGAGGAAACAGAUGUGCUACCUCGUCAAACAAGACGUGCAACCAAGCGAGCUGCUGCUGAUCAAGAUAAAACAUUGCACGAGCUUUUGAAAGAAGUAAUGCAUCACAAAGAAUCCUGGCCAUUUUUAUCACCUGUCACUGUUAAUGAAGUGCCUGAUUAUCAUGAAUUUAUAAAACAUCCGAUGGACUUUGGAACAGUAAAGAAAAAAUUAGAAGCUGGUCUUUAUGAAAAUAAUUCACAUUUAUUUUUUUCUGACUGUCUUCUUAUUUUUGAGAAUUGUCAAACUUAUAAUCAACAAAAUAGCGCUGUUUACAAAGCUGGUAUGAGGCUAGCCAAAUUUUUUGAGAAGAGGAGCAAGGAAAUGGGCUUUAAUUACGAUGAUGAGACUUGUAAAUUACCUCCGGUCAAGAGACUAAAACUAGAAAAUGGAGACGCUGAUCAUAAUAACGAAACUUCAAAGUUGACUUCUCUUACGGACAAUGGCACAGAGGAGACUAAAGUUAAUGGGGAUAAUUAA